AUGGCACACCCCACACAACUAGGAUUCCAAGACGCGGCAUCACCCGUUAUAGAAGAACUUCUUCACUUCCAUGACCACGCUCUAAUAAUUGUAUUUUUAAUUAGCACAAUAGUACUCUACAUUAUUGUCGCAAUAGUCUCAACCAAACUCACCAAUAAAUAUAUUUUAGAUUCCCAAGAAAUCGAAAUUGUAUGAACAGUUUUACCAGCAGUAAUUCUAGUCCUCAUUGCCCUCCCCUCCCUUCGCAUUUUAUACCUUAUAGAUGAAGUCAAUGACCCCCACUUAACAAUUAAAGCUAUAGGACACCAAUGAUAUUGAAGCUACGAAUAUACGGACUAUGAAGACCUAGGAUUUGACUCAUACAUAAUCCCCACUCAAGAUCUUACACCCGGACAAUUCCGACUUUUAGAAACAGACCACCGAAUGGUAGUCCCUAUAGAAUCACCAAUUCGUGUUCUAGUAUCCGCUGAGGAUGUACUACACUCCUGAGCCAUCCCAUCUCUUGGUGUAAAAAUAGAUGCAGUACCUGGACGAUUAAAUCAAACUGCCUUUAUUGCCUCACGACCCGGUGUAUUUUAUGGACAAUGCUCUGAAAUUUGCGGCGCUAAUCACAGCUUCAUACCUAUUGUAGUCGAAGCCGUCCCAUUAAAACAUUUUGAGAGCUGAUCCACACUAAUACUAGAAGACGCCU